AUGAAGGGCUGGCUAUUGUCAGUAUACAUAGUUUGUAUACAAUCGAAGGUGUCUCCUAUUUCUUCUUGCUUUACACCACGCAUGAUCAAGCCUGUCAUAUCUGCGUAUAGGUUUUCCUUCGCUUGUGCAACGGCUUGCGCAGCGUGCGCAGCCUCCGCCUGUGCUGUGCGAUUGGCUGGGCCCGAGGCUUUGAUAGCGCUUCCCGGAACUCUGGGAUUGGCAUUUCCCGAUCUCACGGCGGCCAUUUUGGUUGAAAGAGUUUUAAUUUCUGCCUCGGCUUCGGAUAAAGAUUGCUUUCGAAGCUCUUCACCCUCCUUCGCCAGAGCAGUCUGUGCAGCAAGUUCGGCCUUAAGCUCAGAUAUAAGCUGCGUAGCAGCUGUGGGACUUGUUUCUUAA